GCCCUUAGCUGGUGUCGUGCAGAAGGGGAGGCGUAGAACAGCGUUACGUCACUAGGGAGUUAUCACCAACAGACGUGAAUCUCCCCAUCCACAUGUCUCUGCGCCUUUAAAUAUCAGAGAGAGAGCGCAGAUGGGUUUGGAUGGAAGCACUGCAGACGUAAUUGUCGGUGAUAAAAGCAUGCAAUCAGAGGACGAAUUUAAGAAAAAGCGAAUUUGUUGAUUUGGAGCACUUGUAAUAUGAGAUUUGAAGACUAAAAUCGCCAAUAUAUAUAUAUAUAUAUAUAUUUUUCAGUACUGUCACAGCACCGGUUAUUACCAAAUCUUUCAGAAGAAUCAUCAUGCCUGAGCAAAGCAACGACUACCGAGUGGUGGUGUUUGGAGCCGGAGGAGUGGGCAAGAGUUCCUUGGUUCUGAGGUUCGUGAAAGGGACCUUCAGGGAAAGCUACAUCCCUACGGUUGAGGAUACCUACAGGCAGGUGAUCAGCUGCGAUAAGAGCAUCUGCACCUUGCAGAUCACAGACACCACUGGAAGCCACCAGUUCCCAGCCAUGCAGCGCCUGUCCAUCUCCAAGGGCCAUGCAUUCAUUCUGGUCUUCUCCAUCACCAGCAGGCAGUCCCUGGAAGAGCUAAAGCCAAUAUUUGAACAAGUCUGCCAAAUCAAAGGGGACGUGGAGAGCAUCCCUAUCAUGCUGGUUGGGAACAAGUGUGAUGAGACUCAGAACCGUGAAGUGGAGACUAGUGAUGGAGAGGCCAUGGCCAAGAAGUGGAAAUGUGCCUUCAUGGAGACCUCGGCCAAGACCAACCACAACGUCAAGGAGCUGUUCCAAGAGCUGCUUAACCUGGAAAAACGCAGGACUGUCAGUCUCCAGAUUGACGGGAAGAAGAACAAGCAGCAGAAGAGGAAAGAGAAGCUUAAGGGCAAAUGUGUGGUCAUGUGAAGCUUGUAGAUAAACAAACCUCUGUGGAUUUCACAUAACUGAACUUUAUUACCAUGAUGACCUGAUGAUGAUGACCACCACCACCACCAACAACAAUAACAAAAGUACUUGUAAAUCAAGCUAAAAGGAGACGGGAGCUGUGUUGCUCAACCUAUGUAUAACCUUAUUUAAUUUAAUGCAGGACAAAAAUAAGCACCAGUUCCUCUGCCUCUGCACAGAAAGGCUUUGCAUUAAUCGAUACUGUUAAGUGCAACAGAGGGAAAAAUAAACUCACGGGCAAGUUUGCCAUAAUGCAAAAGAUCAGAUUACAACAGCAGCCACCCUGCCCCAAACACACUUUUGUUUGAUCGUAUGAACCAGUUAUAUCAAAGGGGGUGUAGAAGUCAUCCAUCCAUCUGUAAAUAAUGUAACACCUGCCACUUAUGACUGAGGAGUAGAUGAGAUGUUUGAGAAACUGAACAGAGCAACCCUGUUUCUAGAACUGUUUGACGGAACAGAACGAAACGUAGGACAUCUUAGAUUUAAAACCCCUUUUACGUCGUUUUCAGUAAUACUGUGGUAGGUUAUAAUAGCAAUACUUGUGAAGGGCUGGUGAGCUAAGCAUCUGUUUGGAAAGGUGUAAAUAACUGGUCAUACAGGAGGAUUUCAGAACUUUGUUUUGAAAAUGUUUUUGGAUUGUUUUUAUCCUCCCCCAAAUAUAUAUUUUGUACAGCUGCAUAACAUUAAAUAGUAUUCAUAUUUUUUUUGUGAAACUACUAGAAAAUUGUGAGCAACCACCCUACUGAUGCUUAUACAAAAGUGCCCAAAAUGCAGAGGCACUGAUGCUUUAUACAAUGUCAUAUGUGAAUGUUGCUGUAAAUUUGCAGCUUUUACAUAAAGUGAAUGAAGAUAAAAAUACAAGCACAUAUAUUUGUUUAUUUUCAUGUAUAUAUAUAUAUAAUGACAGUACAGAUUAACAUUUGCAACAAAUUGCAUCUAAAUGCAAUGCUAGAAAAGCCCAAUAGUUAAUUUUGCUAAUGAUAGACGGGGACUAUGACUAAAACAGAGCUGUAGUUUCUGUGAAUAAGGAACCACAGCCAUAAGCAGGCAAUAACAACAAGGAAGCUUUGGUAGAAAUUAAACUAACAAAAGUGCUGUCACAGGCUUAUUUUUGACUCAAACUUUGGUAUAUAAAAUGAUGGUAGUUAUCAAACAGAGCAGUUUAAGACAGCGGUAAGUGAUAAGAAGCAUUUGCUGAUGUUUAGUCCAUCAGUAUGCUUUUUCCUGAUGCUUCAGGGAAUGGAGUUCUCGAUUUAACAGCAAUAGUACAUAGAUUAGCUAUUUUAUUUUUAGUGAUUUUAUACACGCAUUUCCUGAAUAGUUAAUGUAUGAGUUGCCGGGAGUGUCUGUAUAGCUCUUUUGUUUGUAUUGUUUUCUAGUCAGCUGCCAACGUCAAUAUAUUUCUGUGAAUUCUGACUACCAGUAAGGGUACCAGGUAUAUGCUUUUACUGAAACAACAGCAUUAAAGUUGGUGAAGCUGCGUCGCAUUUCUCCUUCCAUGUAUUUAAGGCAUUUCUUAAUAGCUCUGUAAAGCAAAAUAGUAAAGUAAUAGAAAAAUGAAUUAUUUAUGCUGAAGAAAUGAAAAGGGAUUUGCCAUUUUCAUAGAUUGAGGGGAAUAGCACACCAGUGUAUAUAUUUUUAUUGUAUGCAAGACCCUGUUUAUUCAACAGCUACACAAUUCUACUGCUAAUUUGUAUGGUUGCAUUGGGUAUCUUUGUAAUGUCACUUUCAAACAAAAAUAAAUACUAAUAUAAUGUAUGUGCAACAAUGUGAAACAGUUAAUGCUUUUUAAAUUAUAUAACGCAACCCAAUUUUAUUUUUUUAAUGUAUGUAGGGUUCAUUUAGGACAUUUAUUCUCCAGGAGAAAAAAUUAAGAAAUUUAUAUGGACUGGGAAAGUGCUCAAAAGCAUGAUUUCUACAGUUAUUAUUAUUAUUAUUAUUAUUAUUAUUAUUAUUAUUAUUAUUAUUAUUAUGUAUUUUCUUUUUUAUAAAGGAUAUGCAUUGGUUUUAAAAGCUGAAAUGGUGUUAUUUAUCUGAGUUCUAAGGUUUUAUUUAUAUGCCUGUAUAUAAUUCAUGUGUGCCUACAAGUUUCUAUAUAUUUUCCAGUUAUAUCUUGUAUGUAUCAUGCCACUGAAAUAAAUUAAGUUAUGCAUUUAAUAAA